CGCGCACAGACACACAGAGAGAGACACACACGGACACUGACACACAGAGACACACACGGACACACAGAGACGUGGGCUGAGAGAACGUCGCGUACCGCAGAUGCUCGCGUAGAGAGGCCGGGCGCGCUCACAGGCGGACGGGGGAGAUGGAAGAUCUGUGAUUCUCAAGAUACGCUAAACGCAAGUUGCUCUGUAUAUAUAUAUAUUUUUUUCUAUUCAAAUUGCGGUAAUGUUAACGCUUCCAUAUUAAUCACCAGCCACGUACUUUGCACGCUGCGUGGAAGCAAUCCGAAUAAUCAUCACCAUCGUCGCCAUCAUCACCAUCAUCACGCAAGUGGAAUGACGCACAACGGAAGCCGAGUGAAGCCAGAGACCUCUCCCUACUCCAUCCCCUACCCGGGCAGCAGCCCCCCGACCUUCUCCGCCUUCUCCGUGGCUUCGACCAUCAAGUACGGCGACAAGCUCAUCGGCGGCGGGGGUGGCCUUGGCGGGAUGGGCCCUUCCCGGGACGUCAUCCCCUCGUCCCCUUCGCCGAGCUCGUCCGGCCCGGGAGGGCCAGGCGGCGACGUGGAAGGCCCGGGCAGCCCCGCGAUGACGAUGAAGGAGCGCUAUGCCCACCACGCCGCCCACUCCUGGAUCCCCGCCGCAGUGGCGCCCGGCCACUCGCACAUGGGGGCCUCCUCCCAGAUCGGCGGCGGCGGCGUAGGAGGAGGGCACGACCCCUACUUGUUCGACCGCUCCGCCGGCGGCUACCUCUUCUCGGCCACCGGCGGGCAGGAUCCGUCGGCUCCGCCCGCGUCCGUCUACCCGGGGCUCGGCCUGCAGGCGCCGGGCGUGGCGCAGUCCGCGCCGCCCGCCUACUCGCACGGGGACGCGGCCUUCCUGCCCGGCUCCCCCUCGCCCGUCUACGUGCCGAGCGGCCGCGUGCCCGGGUGCAUGCCCCCGGCCUUGCCCCCGGGCAUCCCCGCCGCGUACCUGCAAAGCGCCGCGGCCGCCGCCGCCGCGGCCGCCGCCGCCGCGGCCGCCCAGCAGAACAUGUGGGCGUCCCAGGCGGGGGACAUCCAGGCGGGACAGUACGGCUCCGUGACGUCGGCCAGCUCGGCUCACUCGUCGAUGUCGCCGCGCUUCACCAUGAGUUUCGCGCCCAGUCCUCCCUGCUCCAUCGCCGGCUCGGUCGCCUCCUCCCUCGGCGGCGGAGGCGGCGGAGGCUCCAUCGGGGGCCCCGGGCAGAUGUCGGGCUCCGGGGGCGGUCCGUCUCGCUUGGAGCAGGGCGCCUACGGCCUCAACGCCCUGCACGCGCGGGGAGAUCAGUACUCGGCGCAGCUGGGGGGCCGCUCCCUGAACGGGGGGUACGCGAGCGCGUACCCUUACGUGGGGGCGGAUGUGGGAUGGCCCCCCAGCGCUUUUGACAGCCCCAUCCUCCACAACCUCCACCAUGGAAUGGGCGGCCGGCGACCGGGCCCCAUGGACAUGUUGGACGAGUCCAUGGAGGGGCGGGAGUGCGUGAACUGUGGCGCCAUGUCCACCCCUCUGUGGCGGCGAGAUGGUACGGGCCACUACCUGUGCAACGCGUGUGGCCUCUACAACAAGAUGAACGGAAUCAACCGGCCACUCAUUAAGCCCCAGCGGCGCAUGUCCGGCUCUCGCCGCGUCGGCCUCUCCUGCUCCAACUGCCAGACGAGCACCACGACGCUGUGGCGACGCAAUGCCGAGGGCGAGCCGGUGUGCAACGCGUGUGGCCUUUACACCAAGCUGCACGGGGUGCCGCGGCCCCUCGCCAUGAAGAAGGACGGCAUCCAGACGCGCAAGCGCAAGCCCAAGGGAGCUUGCAAGAGCAAAUCUACUUCGGGGGUGGGCCACUCCGACCACUGCUCCACCCCAGGCCCGUGCAUCCAGCCUCCCCCCCCACCCGAAGAUCUGAGCUCCGUGAAGUCGGAGCCGAGGCUGAGCCCCCCGCUCUACGGCCUGCAGCACGGCACGCAGGCGCACCACCUGCUCGGCGCUCCGCUACAGCUUGCGCUCUCGGGCCUCCGCCUGCCGCCCGAGCCUCUGCUCAUCCGCUCAUCGCACAGCACCAGCAGCCCCCAGCAGAGCAAUGGCAGCAUGGAGGCGCAGGCCGGGGCUCAUUCGCUGUACGGGAUGAACGCGGGAGGCCACGGACUGGGGGGAUCUCCGCAAGGCUCCGGCCCAUCCGCCGUCUCCUAGCAACGCCGUCAUCUAGCUACGCCGUCGCCUAGCAACGCCAUCGCCUAGCAACGCUGUUUCCUAGCAAUGCCGUCUAAACAGCAAUGACGUCUCCCGGUAGCGCUGUUGCUCUAAGAAUAUCUUUUUUUGCUGUCGUUUAAAAAUAAAAUAAAAUCCGAUAUAAAUAUGUAUUUAAAGAAAUAAUAGAGAACGGUUAGUUCCGAAAUGUAAGAUGUAAAAUAUAAUUCGUUUAAGAAGGUACGUUUUCCUUUGUAACAGAAAAUACUGAAAAUAAAUAAAAGAAAUUGUCAGAUACGAACGAAAAUUAAGUUAAAAUCUAUUUUAUCCUCGUGCCAAACCAUUAGUUUGGCUGUUGAUGCUCAAGAAACUUAUGCAAAGAAACAUUCACGUGAAUGAAUAAACCAAUACGAAUGUGAAUUGCAAUGAAAAUUCUGGGUUGUACAGAUACAAUGAUCGUGUAAGCACGUGCAGGGAACGCUAUGCUGGAUGUUGAUGUAAGGAGCACUGACCCAGCAUCGUCACCCAGCCGCAACUGUAAAGGGAUACACCAUACGCCACAUGUUGAAAAAAAAAUUCAGAAACCCACUCUCCUCUCAUUUUACCCCUUUUCUACUGGAACAUCCGAGCUGAGUUAGCAAGGAACAUAUGGAUCAGAUGAAUGGCACAUUUCGAGCUGAUCCAUGCCCAUAAUGAAACCAGCUUCUCAAGUGUGGCGAGUUGGUCGAUCACAUGAAUUCGAGGCUCACCUACUGGACAUCUGUGAGCUUUAUAGCCCAUUGUAUUUCUCCAGUAUAUAAAUACAUCACGUUCUUCUCGUUCGCUUUAUUUGGCCAAAAUCGAUCUCUGAGAAUUCAAGUUAUCGAUCCAAUUAUCUUGUUGCAAACUCGUGGCAGGGUGUAUGGUAAAAUGUGCCCCCAUACUCUGUAGAGGAAAACAGGCCAAUUGAAGAAUGUUUCAUGUCCUGCCGAGACAUUUCAACCCCAGCCAUUACUCUAAAACACAGUGGGCAAACACCAUUCUGCAAGAUGUCUGAAUGGAUUCUUCAUCUCGCGACGUGAUCCAUGCAGCACGGUUGCAAUCAAUUGGGUUCAGGAAAUCGAACGUGAAAUUAAAUUGUAACGUUGUGCUCAGAGUGGUUGCUCUGAAUAAUUGCCAAAGGUAUAUUUUUGUAUAUUAUAAGGCAGUUUAAACGAAAAAAGUAGCGAGUUGUUUUUUGACUUGUGAUUUUAAAAUAUCUGACAAUUUACGAUAAAAUUAUUGAAGGAUUUAUGUUCAUGCAGUAUAAUAAGGUAAAGGUACAGCCCAGCAAUGUAUUGCUACGCCAAUGUUGGCAGAAGGAUCUGCACCAGAGGCAGCUCUAGAGAUUCCCUGUGGGGGGGGGGGGGGGGGGAUUUGGCCUACUCUUCCAUUCUGGCCAGGCAUCUUGGAAGAGGUGGGAGUACCCACGCUUUACCCCACCACAUACGACCUACCGAUCGACUAACCGUGGUAGUGUCAGUCUAUACUGCUGGGUAGACAGAGGCGCAGGAGUUCAAGAAAUCUCCAUUGCGUCAACUGCAGCGCUGGGAGAUCAAAACGAACCGCCGACCCCUGUAUUGCGAGAUCAGUGUGCCAACCGUUACACCACAGCUAUGCGGCAUAUGCCUGGACAUUCCUUGAAGUUGCGUAAAUGAUGGCCUCACGGCUCGCUCACCGAUGUUGGUGUGUUUUCUUUUUUAAAGCACAGGCGGAUGAGAUCACACGUGGCCCUUUUUUAAAAUGGAAUUUCCAGAGUUUUAUCUUUAACCAAUGUUUUUUUUUUGUGAUACUGCAUUGGCAGUGCUGCAUAAGAAAAAAAAACUCAAUACAUUAAUCUUAUCGUGCAAUGGCCCUUAUUAUACGUUUUAACAAAUGGCCAUUGCCCGUAAUAUUAAUUAUUAUAUAUUGUAUGUCUUUUGAGGGCAGUUUUAUUGAUGAAUGUGUUGAGUUCGGGGUUUUAUCCGCAUCGCCCGAUCAGCUACGUUCGGACUAUCUCUGGCACAUGUGUUGCCAAGCAAGUGAGCUACGUAUCCCUCCUCAACCCAGGAAUGUAAUACUGUUAUGCUUCACCAUGCUGGGUCGUGUGAUUCUGAGAUACGGUUUCGAGCAAGUGAUAUGCCAUCAAGCAGAGCCUCCGUGAUUUUAUAAUUUAAACUAGUGGUUAUCAACAUUUACGGAAUACCCCCCUCCCUCCGAAUCAAAACCACUGGAUCUCCACACCUCCCUCCCUCGUUAAUAAGACCGCAAACGAGAGAGAACACAUGUCCAUGUGUUCACUCAUUGCCGUGUUAGUAAGGAAUUUGUUUCAUUUAUAUAUCCGUGCGUUCUGUUGCAUCGUCGCGCUGACGUUAUCCCCAUGCAUUGUUCAAAAACAAAGUCUCCUGCACGGUGACCAUGCCCUAACCUGCACUCUCCCCUUAAAGGAUUCCAGGAGGUGGGAGGCUGACACACGGUGUUGAGAACCGCUGGUUUAAACGUUAAACAUACUCUUGGUUCUUUCGGUAAAGUCACGUAGGUGAAAAAAUAAAUUAAAUCACGACGUUUCGGGCGCAACACAA